AUGAACCAAGAAAUCAACAAAAUUUCCAACCAGUUUUCUAAAACACUCAAGUUAGUUGAUGAUCGGUUUCUCAAAAGCAACAAGCUCGAAUGGAGGCAAAUCAGGCGUGCACCCCAAUUUUUGAAACAGAAAAUCAACUACUCUGGAAACUCAUAUACAAUUGAUGAAGAGUUUAACACCUUGGAGUCUCAAUUUAACACUCAUGAGCUCAGUUUGCAAAAAUUACAAAAUGAAUUGAGAGCUUUUGCAACGGCAUCUUUGGAAACGUUGAAAUGGCCAGAGCUCGUAGCUCAAGGUUUCCAGGAUUUAGAUGAUCCAUACAGUAACUUUAAAAAUUCGGCAAAUACUAUUGAUGAAGCUUAUGAUGCAUGGACAAGGACAAGUAAAUACAAACAUCACAUCCAGUCAAUUAACUUUGCAAGCAAGAUGAAUUUGUUCAUGAGUAUGGAGUUCAAGAAAUUAGAAGAUGUGGGUAGCAUAUCAAAAUUGGUGUCUAAAAAGAUUGGUACUAGACUUGUUUUCUUAUUGGAUUAUGAUAAACUAUACAACGAGCAUGAAAUGCUAUGUGAGAAGCAAGAAAGGGGAGAACUUUCUUUGAAACAAAGUAACAGUAUCUACUCCAUCAAACGAAAGUUGGACGAAAGCAAAAUCAAGUACGAGAGUAUCAACUCCAUCCUAAAGUUGAGCCUCCCCAAGUUUUUACAUUACAUGAAAGAAGUCAUUAAUGUCAUCGAGAUCAAAUUCCAGUUCUUGAAUUAUGAAUUCUAUCAACUGAUUGUUGAAAAGUUGAAAAAAGUGCAACAGGUAGAAGAUACAAGCGACAUAAUGUCUCAAUUCAAAGAGAGGAAUGAACCUCUCUUUACCAAAAUAGAACAACUAUCCAUUAUCACAUUCAGUCAUCCUGUUGAUUAUACUAAACCUAUUCCUGAGGCAGACCUAGGCUUCUGCUAUGCUUUAUAUGACUUUAAUGGAGUGGAACCAGGGGACUUGUCAUUCAAGAAGGGAAACAGAAUCAAAAUCUUAGAACGAACAGGAGACUGGUGGGUAGGAGUGAUAAAUGGUCAACAAGGCCCGUUCCCAAGUAACUAUGUGAAACUUGAAUGA